AUGCUAAUAAAUGUUCUUUACUUAGUGUGGCCUACAUGUAAGCUGCUGAUCGCUGCUGAUUAUCUGUUGGUGAGCAGCCUGGUGAACGAGUGCUGCGCGUUCCUGAAGGCUCAGCUGUGUCCCGAGAACUGCAUUUACCUCUGGCGUUUUGCUCACUCCUACUUCUGCGAGAAGUUGAAGCAGCAGGCCUUCCGGUUUAUCUUGCACAACUUUGAGGAGAUGGUGCGCCUCUCUGAGGACUUCCUGGACCUGACGGUCGUGCAGCUGAGCGAGAUCAUCGAGAAGGAUGAACUGAACGUGAAACAGGAGAGCGUGGUGUUUGAAGCCGUCUUACAGUGGAUCAAACAUGCGCCAUGGAAACGGAAAGCACACAUAGGAGUGUUACUGCCCAAGGUGCGUCUGGGGCUACUGACACACGAUUACCUUAUGAACAAUGUGAGCAACAACGUUUUAGUGAUGGACGACAUGACAUGUAAGCCGAUCGUCACCAGAGUUCUGAUGGGCAUUGAUGACCUCAACCCAAGCCUUUCUCUCAGCUCUGAUCUCACGAGACUCCGCCUGCCCAGCGCUGUUCUGCUGGCCAUCGGUGGCUGGUACCAAAGGAAUCGCACCAAUGCCAUAAAAGCGUAUGAUACGCGAGCGGCACGCUGGGUAUGCGUCACGUGCUCCGAUGAGAGUCCACCGUCUGCCCAUCACGGGACGGUGUAUCUAAACGGCUUCGUGUACUGCAUCGGAGGAAUCGACAGUGAGGAUUUCCUCUGCAGUGUGAGAAGGUUUGACCCCAUCACCAGAAUCUGGGCUCAGGUGCACUCCAUGCACUAUUGCCGGUGUGACGUGAGCGUGUGUGUGCUGGACAGUCGUAUCUAUGCAAUGGGAGGAUUUAAUGGCUUCGAACAUCUGAAUACGGUAGAGCGAUAUGAACCUGAGAAUGAUCGGUGGUGCAUGAUUGCGCCAAUGCACGGACGAAUGAGCAGCUCUAGCGCUACAGUACUGAAUGGCAAAGUGUACAUAUGUGGAGGGUAUGACAUUUUCGGGUGUUUGUUCACGGGGGAGUAUUACAGUCCUCAGACGAGAGUGUGGACCCUCAUCACCCCCAUGAUGAUAAGAAGGUGUGGACUGGGCGUGGUCGCGUAUGGAGGAUGGGUUUACGCUGUCGGGGGAAAUGAUGGUGUUAAUCAACUAAGCGAUGUAGAGGUGUAUAAUCCUCAGACCAACGUGUGGACACCAGGUCCAGUCAUGAACAACCAACGCAGCCACUUCAGCAUUGAGGUGCUGGACGAUCUCCUGUUCGUUGUUGGAGGAGAGAACAGCACUACCAUCGUAGAUGAAGUGGAGUGUUAUGAUGAGCAGACUUUUGAAUGGCAUGCAAUUGAAAACAUGGGGAUUUCUUGCCAUGCUCUGAGCUGCUGUGUGCUGUCUGGUUUACCCAACAUGGCAGAGUACGCUGCUCCCCGAGACGAUCCCUACAGAGUCCCUCAGAGCUCACAGAGCACCAGAGGCUACCUCACACCUCCUGCCAACGUCUGA